AGAUUAGGGUUGUGAUUGUGAUCCCUCGCUUUGAGAAUAAUAAGAGGAGGGAAUGGUAAACUCAUAGACAACGCUACUUCCUACUUCAUCCCUCCACCGCACCACAGCCACAGUCUCCGACCGUCCAUGGCGCUUUUGAGGUCGUCACCGUCUCUCAAUAUCCGCAUCCUCUUCGCACGUCGCUUCUUCUCCUCUUGCUCAUCCUCCUCCUGCUCCUUCCGCUAUCCCGCACCUUCCUCUUUCUCAUUCUCCUCCUCCCUCAGCCCCUGUCACAGCCCCCGCUUAUUCUUCCGACCGAGAACUUUUGGCUUCCGGCCUCCGAUUAAUGGCGUGGCAGUGCGGGCGUUCAAAUCGUCGAGCUUGGCUUCGGAGGCGCUCCAGGAGAAAGCCAAUCAAAACUACGGUUCUGAGCAGAUUCAGGUUUUAGAAGGUCUUGAUCCAGUCAGGAAGAGACCUGGAAUGUAUAUUGGGAGCACAGGACCCCGUGGCUUGCAUCAUUUGGUAUAUGAAAUACUAGACAACUCUAUUGAUGAAGCACAAGCAGGAUAUGCAUCAAAAAUUGAUGUAAUUUUGCACGAGGAUAAUUCUGUGAGCAUCAAGGAUAAUGGCAGAGGGAUUCCUACGGAUGUACAUCCUGCCACAAAGAAGUCCUCAUUAGAGACUGUUUUGACGGUCUUACAUGCAGGGGGCAAAUUUGGUGGUUCAAGUAGUGGUUAUAGUGUUUCUGGUGGAUUGCACGGUGUUGGUUUGUCUGUUGUCAAUGCUUUAUCUGAGGCACUUGAGAUUACAGUAUGGCGUGAUGGAAAGGAAUGCCAGCAAAAAUAUGCUCGUGGGAAGCCAGUUACUAUUUUAACAUGUCAUCCACUGCCAGCAGAAUCAAGUACUCAGACGGGGACGUCUAUACGGUUUUGGCCUGAUAGCGAUGUAUUCACCACUUCCAAGGACUUUGAUUUCAAUACAAUCGCUGGACGAAUCCGGGAACUUGCUUUCUUAAACCCUAGGCUUCGAAUUACAUUGAAAAAGGAGAGCGACUCAAAUGAACAGUUCAAUGAAUAUUCCUAUGCAGGUGGCUUGGUGGAAUAUGUCGAAUGGCUAAACACUGACAAGAAACCUAUUCAUGACACUGUUGCUUUUAAAGAAGAAACUGCUGGAAUUACAGUUGAUGUAGCACUUCAGUGGUGUGCUGAUUCGUAUAGCGAUACAAUUCUUGGUUAUGCUAACAGCAUCCGCACAAUUGAUGGUGGAACCCAUAUAGAUGGGUUGAAAGCUUCAUUAACAAGAACUAUGAACAACCUGGGAAAGAAGUCUAAGCUUACCAAGGAUAAGGAUAUUAUUAACUUAAGUGGAGAACACGUAAGGGAAGGAUUAACAUGCAUUAUCUCUGUAAAGGUUCCAAAUCCAGAAUUUGAAGGACAAACAAAGACAAGGCUUGGGAAUCCUGAUGUACGAAGAGUUGUUGAACAGUGUGUUCAAGAGAAUCUUACCGAGUACCUAGAGUUGCAUCCAGAUGUUCUCGACUCGAUUUUGUCUAAAGCUCUGAACGCUUUGAAGGCAGCAAUGGCAGCAAAAAGAGCUAGAGAAUUGGUCAGGGCAAAAAGUGUGUUGAAAUCUUCUUCCCUUCCUGGAAAAUUAGCUGAUUGUUCAGCUACUAAUCCUGAAGAAUCUGAGAUCUUCAUAGUUGAAGGCGAUUCGGCUGGCGGCAGCGCAAAGCAAGGUCGUGACCGGAGGUUCCAGGCUAUUUUGCCCUUGCGAGGUAAAAUCCUGAAUAUUGAGAGAAAGGAUGAAGCAGCUAUAUACAAGAAUGAAGAAAUUCAAAAUCUUAUUCUUGGGCUUGGGCUUGGAGUGAAGGGAGAGGAUUUUAAGAAAGAUGGUCUUAGAUAUCAUAAGAUUAUCAUUCUGACUGAUGCGGAUGUGGAUGGCGCUCAUAUACGAACACUCCUCCUAACAUUUUUCUAUAGAUACCAGAAAGCACUCUUUGAUGAAGGUUACAUCUAUGUGGGCGUCCCUCCACUCUACAAGGUCGAGCGUGGAAAACAUGCACACUAUUGCUACAAUGACGCAGAGCUUAAACUCCUAAAGAAUUCCUUCCCUUCCAAUGCUUCCUACAAUAUCCAAAGAUUCAAAGGAUUGGGAGAGAUGAUGCCGGCACAACUCUGGGAAACUACACUAGAUCCAGAGACGAGGCUACUGAAGCAGCUGACAGUGGAAGAUGCUGCCGAAGCUAAUGUUGUGUUCUCCUCACUCAUGGGUGCUCGAGUUGAUUAUAGGAAGGAACUGAUACAGAACGCUGCAAGGUCGAUAAAUUUGGAGCAUCUUGACAUCUGAGGAUGAUUCAGAUUGACUUAUGUGUAGCCUGAAGGCGACUGCUAUUUCUAUGAUCUAGUUGUUCAGUUGGCUUCUUAAGUGAUGUUCUUACUGGGAAGACAGCAACCAGAGAUUGAAUACUGAUUUAUAGGCAGAAUACUCUAGGUAGGAUCAGUAUGUUCUUGGUAAAUUGUUCUAUUUUUCUCUUCAUUUGUUCUCAUUAUAGGCACUAGGAUCAGCAUUUAAAAAAAAAAAAUGGAUGAAGUUCAUCAUAUUGACACUUCUUUUGGUUCUUACAAUGUUUUUAAAUUUAGACCAGGUCGAUCGAACCAUGAAUUGGAAUCAUUGUAAGCACAAGUUCAAGAGUGAUGAUCUAUGACUAAGAUUAUAACGUAGUCCAUCUUUGCUUCGCUUCCAA